AUGAUGGGUGGCGAAUACUCCACUGCCAAAAUCUCCAGAGGCAACUAUCUGAGCAUGUGGCUGGAGCCGUUGACGGCAUGGCAGCUGCCCGAAACGUGUGGAGAUCGAACAGAUACAAGGGUCGAGACUGGCAGCAUCCGCAUCCAUUGUUUCGUCAUUGUCGGCAACUUUCGCCGGUGUGGUGAAGUGGUCAGCUGCGCUGGGAUCAAGGUUGUGCCCUUCGCAGCACAGGUGCCGAUGAUUCGCAUACAGAUGCCACCGAACAUGAACGACCUCUUCGGAUCGCUGAUCUACGAGCUGGAUGUCUACAGCCUGAGACUGCCAUCUUCUGGUGCUCUCCCCCACCGUCUCAUGGUGCAAGUGAUGAAGGAAGAUGGGACCAAGCCCCAUUUCAGGGUGGCCACCGGUCGCUUUUACAACGCGCCAACUCGUAACUUCGCGACGAUUGGGCGUGUUCUCAGUGCACCUCAGAUGGGCCUCGAGCCAUUCGAAGGAGUGCAAAGUCACGUUCUCUAUGUGAUGCUUCAGAUGGCUGUGCCGCUGCGCGGACAGGACAGGACGCGGCCUGCGCCGAAUGCCCGUCCUGGCUCCUACUUCGUGAUCAGGGCCCCGCCAGGCUUCCGGAUGCUACAGGCCGUCGAGGUGAACCACACAGGAGGUGACCUUGGCAUGGUGACUUUGACGCCAGAUGGUGAUGCGGCAUCGCGCCUGAACAACACCAUGCCACAACCUGCUCCAACCGGCUUUGGAACGCCUGACCUUGGGGGUUGGUCGAUGCUUGGCGAGGAGGCCACGUACGCCCUCCUUGAUCGCUCGCUCAUUCCUGCAAUGUCGUCGCUCGUGAUGGGCUUGCGUGUGUACCCCGGCAAUACGAGCAUGCCCAUCACUAACACCCUGAACUUGUGGUCUGUGCAGGUAUAUUCUCCUGGAGACCACAAUCUCACAGUGGUGAACUUCAGCGCGACAUUUUAUCGCACUGGCCUAGGAGGAGUGCCAGUGCUGGGACGGCUCGAGAAUGCCUUGAUCCAGCCACUGGUUCCCAUGGUUUCCCCCAGCGCAAGCGCGCCGACCGUUCAGUCGCUCAGCGUGUUCUUCAGAGCCGUGGAGGAUGUCAAUGCAGGGGGGUCUAUCGAUGUGGAGGCACCUCGUGUCUUCGAUUUCGGCGCAGCCUGCCAAGCCUCCGAUCUAUCCGACGGGUACUAUGUGACUGGUCCGGUUCCUUCAGUCCAUCGUCUUCCCGAGAUCAUUCGUUGUGAAAGUCACCGGAGCAGCGACGUUCAAACAGGUCCGUACAAUGUGGCUCGCAUUUUCAUAGAGGGACCGUUGAAGGGAGUAAACAUCUACGGCUUCUCGAUCAUUGCGAGAAAUCCAACACUUGAUGAAGUUUCGCAGAUCCUCUCCUUGAAUGAUCCGUGGUCCGAUGUGGACUGGAACAUCACAACACGUGGGCCUGAAGGUUCUCCUGUUUGUGCCACUUACGGCGGCGCACCUGGUGCUGCAGAUGGCAGUGGCUCCUGGCGACUUGUGAACAAGUCGAUUCCACCGAAAGUGUCCGUCAGCCAGAGGCCAAGCCACGAGCCCGUAGUCUCGGACCAGUGGACCAAAAUGCGGCAAGUGGCGAAGUCACUGCGGGGGACUUUUUCUCUCAAGCGGCUGUUGAAAUGCCAAGGUGAGGCGUUGGCUACGCCGGGCCCUGCCAUUGCUGCCGGCCAUCUCAGAGUGAUGCAUUCUAAUUGCCUGUAUGUGAGCCAAGUUGAAGUGUAG